CAAGCCUGCAACUCCAGAGAUGCUAUCAGCAAGUCUUUCCCAAAGUCGCAUCUUACAGACAUGCAGCAUGCCGCAUCCGAAUGUGGUAAACGGUGUCAGCACCUUGCAAAGUAGCCUGACCCCCUGUCUUUAUAAAUUCCCGGAGCACGCCCUGAGCGCCAGCUCCUGUGCCCUGGGCCACAGCUUCACGCCCAUGCACCAGUCCCUCCUUGCAGAUGAUCCUGCCGCCGCAGACUUCAAGCAGGAGUUCCGCAGAAAAAGCAAGUCCGUUGAAGAGCCUGUCGACAUGGACUCCCCUGAAAUCCGGGAACUGGAGAAAUUUGCUAAUGAAUUCAAGCUGCGGAGAAUUAAGUUGGGUUAUACACAGACCAAUGUUGGAGAAGCCCUGGCUGCUGUGCACGGCUCUGAAUUCAGCCAAACUACUAUUUGCCGGUUUGAAAACUUGCAGCUGAGUUUCAAGAACGCAUGCAAACUGAAAUCAAUACUGUCCAAGUGGCUGGAGGAAGCAGAACAAGUAGGAGCUUUAUACAAUGAAAAAGUUGGAGUGAAUGAACGGAAGAGGAAGCGCAGAACUACCAUAAGUAUCGCUGCCAAAGAAGCCCUAGAGAGGCACUUUGGAGAACAAAGUAAGCCUUCUUCUCAGGAAAUUAUGAGGAUGGCUGAGGGGCUCAAUCUUGAGAAAGAAGUUGUGAGAGUUUGGUUUUGCAACAGAAGACAAAGGGAAAAAAGAGUGAAGACAAGUUUACAUCAGAACGCCUUUAGUUCUAUUAUCAAGGAGCAUCACGAAUGCCGGUAAAGAAUUUCCAUGUAUAGAUGUGGAUUUCUGUUUUGCUUUUU